AGAAUACCCAUACCUUUCGCACCCUCUCAUCCCCAUCUACCACCAUGUCCGACAAAGCAGGUGAGAGCACACCAAGGGUGAAGAACGAGCUCCUCGACAACAUCAAGAGUUUCGUCGCUGGUGGAUUUGGAGGAGUCGCCGCCGUCCUAGUCGGUCACCCAUUCGACUUGGUCAAAGUGCGGCUACAGUCCGCGGCACCCGGCACAUACACGGGCGCAGUCGAUGUAGUCCGGAAGGCCAUCGCCAAGGAUGGUAUGACUGGACUCUAUCGCGGCAUGGGUCCUCCCUUACUUGGAGUCACCCCUAUCUUUGCCAUCUCUUUCUGGUCAUAUGAUGUAGGUAAAAAGAUCGUCUAUGCUGCCACGCCCAAUCGGAAAGAUCGGACUCUGACGACGGCCGAGCUUGCCUUCGCUGGGUUCUUCUCUGCUAUCCCGACUACGCUGGUCAUGGCGCCAAUGGAGCGGAUAAAGGUUGUGCUCCAGGUUCAAGGUCAGGGAGCCGGAACGCAUUACACCGGCCCUGUCGAUGUUGUCAGACACCUCUAUAGGGAGGGCGGCAUGAGGAGUCUGUUCCGCGGGACCUGGGCAACCCUCGCGCGCGAUGGGCCAGGAAGCGCUGCUUAUUUCGUUGCCUACGAGCUCGUGAAGAAGGCAAUGACACCCGCUGGCUCCGACCCAUCUCAGUUACAUCUGGGCUCUAUCGUCUUCGCUGGAGGCAUGGCCGGUGUUGCGAUGUGGACCAUCGCCAUUCCACCCGAUACCAUUAAAUCGCGUCUGCAGUCAGCGCCUCAUGGAACAUAUACGGGCAUUGUGGACUGCACACGUAAGCUUAUCGCACAGGAUGGUGUGGCCGCUUUGUGGAAGGGUCUCGGGCCUGCGAUGGCUAGGGCUUUCCCCGCCAAUGCUGCGACAUUUGUUGGCGUCGAGGUGUCCAGGAAUCUGAUGGACAGGUUUUUCUAAUUCUGAGCGAGAUAUGACGGUCUUUUGUCGGUCAUGUUGUAGGGUAGUGAAUAGACCUCAGAUGUG